AUGCAUGAGUUGAUGGUGAAAACGUGCGCCGAGAUUGUUAACGAACUCGUUGCAGCUACGCAAACCAGCAAAGACGUCAAUUUGAACGGCUUGAAGAAUCGUGUCGCCCGACGAAACAAGCUUCAAAACUUGCCAAAGUUGGUCGAUAUCAUUGCAGCUAUUCCCGAUCAACACCGUGCUGCACUUUUGCCAAAGCUUAAAGCCAAGCCGAUUCGUACGGCUUCAGGUAUCGCGGUUGUGGCUGUAAUGUGUAAGCCUCAUCGAUGUCCUCAUAUUGCCAUGACCGGUAACAUUUGCGUAUACUGUCCUGGUGGUCCUGAUUCCGAUUUCGAAUAUUCGACACAAUCCUAUACUGGUUAUGAACCAACAUCUAUGCGAGCCAUUCGAGCAAGAUACGAUCCAUACGAGCAAGCCCGUGGUCGUGUAGAGCAGUUGCGAAGCUUGGGCCAUUCAGUGGAUAAGGUCGAAUACAUUUUGAUGGGUGGUACUUUCAUGUCGAUGCAUGAAGAUUAUCGAAACUGGUUUAUCGCCAAUCUGCACGAUGCUCUUACUGGUCACUCGAGCAACGACGUGGACGAAGCUGUCAGAUUUUCACAGCAGAGUGAGACAAAGUGUAUUGGUAUUACGAUUGAAACACGACCCGAUUAUUGCUUGAAGCCGCACUUGAGUCAGAUGCUGCGUUACGGUUGUACUCGCUUAGAAAUUGGUGCGCAGAGUGUAUUUGAAGAUGUUGCCAGAGAUACCAAUCGUGGUCACACAGUCAAGGCUGUCUGUGAGUCGUUUCAACUGGCCAAGGAUGCAGGCUUCAAGGUCGUUUCACACAUGAUGCCAGAUCUUCCCAACGUGGGCAUGGAGCGCGACAUGGAACAAUUCAAGGAAUACUUUGAAAACCCAGUGUUCCGAUCCGACGGUCUUAAAAUUUAUCCCACCUUGGUUAUUCGUGGUACGGGCUUGUACGAACUGUGGCGAACAGGCCGAUAUCAAAACUACACGCCCAAUGCGCUCGUCGAUCUCGUGGCAAGAAUCUUGGCACUUGUUCCACCAUGGACGCGUAUUUAUCGUGUCCAACGUGAUAUUCCAAUGCCUUUGGUGACGUCUGGUGUCGAGCAUGGCAACUUGCGUGAACUGGCAUUGAACCGUAUGAAGGACUUGGGUACCGAGUGUCGUGACGUCCGUACGCGUGAAGUCGGUAUUACUGAAAUUCAUCACAAGAUCCAGCCUGAUCAGGUAGAGUUGAUUCGACGCGACUAUACAGCCAACGGUGGCUGGGAGACGUUCUUGUCAUACGAAGACCCGCAUCAAGAUAUCCUGGUCGGGUUGUUACGUCUGCGCAAGUGCUCGCCACAAACUUUCCGUCCAGAAUUGACAUCUGCUGGUCAAACGUCGAUUGUGCGCGAACUCCACGUGUAUGGCUCGGUGGUGCCCAUGCAUGAUCGUGAUCCCACCAAGUUCCAGCAUCAAGGUUUCGGUACGCUGUUGAUGGAGGAAGCCGAAAGAAUCGCUAGAGAAGAGCACGGAAGCGUAAAGUUGAGCGUCAUUUCUGGCGUGGGUGUUCGACACUACUAUGCCAAGCUUGGCUAUCAUCUUGAUGGCCCUUACAUGUCCAAGAUGCUUGUUUGA